AUGGCUGCGGAGCCGUGGGUCGCUGGGUCGCUGGCCCUGGGCCCUGGAGAAGCACCGCCUUCAGACGAACUGGGACCCGGGCCGCCGCCCUAUGGGGACCCCUCGUGGUCGCCCACAGGGAGACCAGAGGCCUCGGCGGAGCUGGAACCCCAGCGGGCACAGCCCCUGAUGGAAGCCCCAGGCUCCGCUUCCUCCCGGGAGCCACUGGCAGCGGAGCUCGGGCCGGCCCCGACUCGAUUCCCACUGGACUCCAUGUUCAGCCCCAUCACUGACCAGCUCCGUUACCUGCUCAGGAAGGCGGAUGACUUUCAAAGCUACUUGCUCUACAGCAGGGACCGGGUGCAGAAGGAACAGUUGGCGAAGGCCAUGCCCACCUUCUUAAAAAUGUGUGAGCCUUACUUCCUGUACCUUGAGGCUGCCGCAAGGAGUGUCCCUCCCAUCUACGGAGCCCUGCAGGAGCUGGUCCGGAAGGGGUUGUUGGAGGUCUCCCAGCAGCUAACUCUGCGCUUGGAACAGUUAGUCCUCAUGUACGCCUCCUUUGGGUUCGUGGACCUGGAAGAAACUAACCCUCUGAGCAUCUCCUGCUUCUUCUGCGGGAGGUUCUCCAUUAGCCCUUCCCACGAUGUGUCCAUCUUCCGCUACUGCACCCCCGCUGCGUACACUGCCAGCCACUUCCCGAGGUACCUCUAUAAGAAGAUGCGCUGGAACCUGGAAGCCACCACAGAGGCCAGCAGCCACGGCCCAGACUCCCGUGUGGAUUACUACUUCUUGUGUUACCGAGAUACAUGGGAGGAUGCAGGCCAGGGACCAGCCAAUUCGUGCCCCCAGAUCCAGAAACUCUGGUCUAUUGGCCGAUGGAUUCCCCUAGGACCAGCUGAGGAUGACCUUGAUUCAUGGAUUUUGUGCCCACAGCCACCCGGGGACUACCAGCAGCUACUAACCAUCGGCUUCGAGGAGCCGUCGCACGUGCUGGCCACCGACCUGCUGGUGCAGAUCCUCAUGGGCCAGGCAGGCCCUGCCCGGCCCCCCAGCGCUGCCGGGCCCGCCGCUUGGUCCGCCCCGGCAUCCUGAGCCCC